GGAUUAACUUUCUUGUCGUUAUUACGUCUAUUAUUAUGAGUUUAUAUCAACAUAAGAAAUUGAGUAAAUUCAUAAGAAGACUUGCUGCUGUAGAUGAUACAUUUGAAAAGUUAGGCAUUCCUAAAAUAUAUCAAAAAUUAUAUGUAUGUAUAAAAAGAAUAUUAAUUGGAUGGCUAGUGUGUAGCCAAAUGGUAAAUAUAAAUAAUAUGAUGUGGUGGUCUCGUACAAUGGAGAAUCAUUGGUGCAUGAUUAUACCUUAUAUUACGAAUCAUCUCCAACAUGUCAACAUGUUUGUGGAUUUAGUAUUUACAACUUAUCUAUGGCACAUUGGCACCAGAUUUGACAAACUAAAUGAACUCAUGAGAUGUUUGUUGUGGAGAGAGAAACAUGUUGUAACAUAUACAUGGACGAGAAAAGUAGUAUUGCCCACUCAUCGAUAUAUUAUGUGUUUUAAUAAUUACAAACGAUUGGUGUGGACCACAAUGUAA